UCUCUCUCUAAACAAACGACGACACAAAAGAGCGAUAAUAUCAACACCAUCUGUACAGAGAUGGCGACUGAGUGAUCAACACACGUCAUCAGAAAUCUUAACUGCAGUAGCGAUCGAUGGAGGCUAAGGAUGCGGAAACCAGCUCAGCCAAGAAGAGGAAGCAGGUCGAUGUUGCACAGUUGGUCAAGACCAAACUCGUUCAGCUCAACAAGAAGCGGAGACGUCUUGUUGUAACCGUAACCAAAUCACCAGAGGAAACACAGACUAUACAGUGUGCUAUAAAUGGUACUGUACGUGAAGCCAAGGAGGAUGAUGAUAACGCAGUUUGCGCCAGCCCUAAUAGCUCCGGCUCCGAUCACAUUAACGUCGACGAGACCUCUUUUUGCUCAAGUAACGGCUCGAGUGAGCUCGUGGAAGAUGGAAGCAACCCCAAUCUUGUAGAUCUGGAGGCUGACGAUGAUGAUGAGAGUGACGAAGUUGAAUCGCAGACGUAUAAUCCACUCAGAGAAAGCAGGAGACAGAUGGCGCCUUCAAGCAACCUUCAACCUCAACAAACGCCGACGGAACCUCGGCGAGGAGCCACGGCGGAGAAAAUCCCUACGGAAAUGGAGCUGGAAGAGUUCUUUACGGCGGCCGAGAAACACAUCCAAAGUAAAUUUUCAGAGAAAUAUAACUACGACGUUAGGAAGGACGAGCCGUUGGAAGGACGUUACGAAUGGACUCGGUUAAAGCCAUAAUUCGAUUCUCAUGCAUAUUGUAGCCUCUCUAUGUACAGCUAGCUAGCUAAAGCUCUUAAGGUUAUCAAGAAGGUCGAAGAAGCUGACGAGCUUUGUUCAGAGUACGACUGGUACGACACCGAGUUCCUGCUGCAGAAUUUGUAAGAAAGCAGAUAGAAGAGAACAAAGAGCUAGCUUAGGUUGAACAGCAAUGCUUCUAGAAAAACAAUUUCUCUUUGGUGUCUCUUUCUCUAUCUGUUACUGUUCUUCUCCCUCUUAGGUA